AUGGCAACACAAAUUAUUACUCCGGGAGAAAAGUAUUGUAUUAGGGGUUCGGUUCUUCUUGCAGCAAAUACAUCAUUCUCAAUAAAACCAUAUUUUGCCAAAUCAAAUGGAUAUACAACUGAUUUUAUUUAUGAAGAAUCUGAUGAAUUUGCAAAUCCUCUAGCAGUCCUUGGAUCAUCCAUCACAAGACGAGGUGAAUCUGGACAACAAUUAGAUUAUACAUAUCCCAUUAGUAUUAUCAAAGCAAAUCAAGCACUCAAGCUUCAAUGUGUAUGGACAACUCCAUCUGUUUAUUUUUCCUAUAUAUCUGAUAACAAGACAAUUGAAUCAGGUUCUGAAUCUAUAGUAUCAACGUUAAGAAAAGGAAAUAUCAAAAUAGGUCUAUCAAUUAUAUAUUCAGAGAACUCUCGAAAAAUUAAAAUGCAAAGUUUAUCUUUAAUUUCGAAAAAGAAUCUUACAUAUUUCUAUAACAGGGAUCAAUAUUUCGACUUCGCAUAUUCAUAUUUUCCUCUUGAUGGUCAUAAGGAUAGAAAUGGAACUCUUGGACCAUCGGCAUGUGCAGAAUUUAGAGCAACAAUGAGUCAAUAUGAGAAAGUUAAAGCAAAUGUGAGCGUGUCAGGUAAUGUCACAAUUUCUUGGCAGCCAACGGCAUCUGCAUCUGCUGCAACCGAUGAUGAUGAAUUCUUAUUCCCAGAGUUUACCGCUUCUUUGUCAACUAAAGAAGGAGUUUUCACAUUAGACAAUAUUGAUCAAAAAUUCCCUUCUAUGUUGACAACAAAAGAAGAUAAUGAUGAUAAUCUUGAAAAAGGAGAUGCUGAUCAAACGGAUGAAAGUGGGUUACCUUGGUGGAGCAUUUUGCUGAUUGUUAUUGGUGCAAUCAUUGUCAUUACUAUUAUUUUUGUUGCUAUAGUCUUUAUAUUUGUAUUCAAAAAGGCUAGAGAUAACAACUCUGAAAAAUCAGAGGAAAAUAUCUAA